GAGCGAGCCACUCCCACCGCCGCAGCCGAUUCCCGCCGCCGCCGCGGCCAUCCGCUGCUCCACCUUCUACACCCUCCACCCCUUUAUACCGCGAUCUCCUCCGGAACAACUGGUCGGAACUGCUGCUCCGCCUGCUCGCCCCCGCUGGAGAUCCGCCCGGAGAGGCAUUUGUCUUUCUGGGUCAAUCAGUGGUUUGGAAUGUUUUUCCGAGCUGAAGAAGAGAAGUCUUGGAGCUGGAUAAUUAAGUUCUUUUAGGGAUAUGCUCCAACCAAGGGAAGCUGAUGUGCCUGUGCUCUUUGUUGUAUUCAUAGUACUUCCGGUGAUAGCUUAUUUUCUUCUUGGGAGAUGGCAUGAUGCUGCAAGUAAGAAAGCAAGGGUAGGUGUGCUUGCCCAGAAAGCUGCAGAAGAAGCGUUCGAAGUGGAAACAAUGGCUUGUCCAGAUGUUAUAUUGCCAGGACCCUCUCUGAGACCUAUGCCUUAUUUGAGAUCUGUUCCUUCUUUAAGAUCCGAGUACCACGAGUGUGCUAAUUGUCAUGGCCCUGCGAAGACUAGGUGCUCCAGGUGCAAGUCUGUUAGAUACUGCUCCGGAAAGUGUCAAAUAAUACACUGGAGGCAAGGGCAUAAGCAAACAUGCCAGCAAUGGAAUGUUAAUGGUGGCAGCAGUUCUGGUGGGCUACCUACUACGGAAAGUUCUGAACAGAUGCCAUUCUUGACUAACCUGAAUUCACCUCUUCCAGGGGGUGAUGUCCACCUGCAUGACAUGAAUUUUGACACAGUAUCAGAACCAUCUUUUGGGACAACUGAUAGCUAUAAUUUUGACCCUGAUCUGUUCCCAACGGAUAGAACCAACAUCAAUAAAUCAAACCAGAAUCUUCAUUCAACUGAAAAUGGUGCUUCUGUUGUAUCUUGUGAGAAGAGCAAUUAUAGUGUUGAUGAAAAAACCAACUCUUCUGAGAUUUUAUCAGCAAACAAGGUUUCAAACAACAGUUUUAGUUGUUCAGAUGAAAAGGAUGGCAACUGUGAUUUGACUUAUCCUCUCAAUGGCUCGACACAACAACCUAAUAGUUGUGCUCCUGAGACAAGAAAACGGCCAAAAGCAAGCAUCACGGUUUAUGAACCAGACAUGGGUGUCUAUUUAACUUCUGAUAUGAUCAGUUCUUGUGAGGGGCAAUAUGCUUCAACAACAGGGUCACUACAGAGGAGCAGUUCAUGUGGAAAAUCUACUGGAAAAGGAAAUAUUAUCCAUAAGAAGCCUCCAUAUCCACCAGGUAAGGUGGCUUCAUCACAAAAACCACAGGAGGUGUCAACAUCAUAUCAAUACGAUGGCCAUGACAAGAAUCCUUGCAGCAAAAUUGAGCAAAGAUCAGCAAAAGCAAGUGUUUCAACAAGCAACAAUUUACAAGCAUGUGCUGGAAUCUCAAAACUAGGAGCAUCCAAGGUUGAGGUCUUGAAGAAGCCCUCCAAAUUUCUAAAAACAAGCCUGGUGGGUUUAAUCAAUGACAAUAAGAGGAGUAAGGUAUUGUUUCGCUAUGAGGAUCUUGUUAAGUUCUUUCAGUACGAAGUACGGGGCAUUUCUCCUAGAGGUCUUUUCAACUGUGGGAACAGCUGCUAUGCUAAUGCUGUUUUACAGUGCCUUAUGUGCACAAAACCCCUGAUGAUCCACCUGCUUCUGAGAUUGCAUUCUAAAGACUGUAAUACUAAACCCCUAACAUUUUGCCUUCUGUACUGUUGUCUACUUUUGUCUGCCUCACUUUGUUAUUUUCUUUUAGGUUGCUCAAAGAACUGGUGUCUUAUGUGUGAACUUGAGCAAUAUGCUUCAACUCUACGUGAAAGCGGCGGACCUGUGUCUCCUAGUAGAAUCCUUUCAAAUCUUAGGAGUAUUGGAUGUCGCUUGGGUGGUGGAAGUCAGGAAGAUGCUCAUGAAUUUUUAAGGCAUCUUGUGAUGUCUAUGCAAGCAGCAUGCUUGGAUGGACUGGGUGGUGAGAAACAAGUAGAACCAAGCUUGCAGGAAACUACACUGAUACAACAGAUGUUUGGCGGGCGCCUUAAAUCUAAGGUUAAGUGCCUCAGAUGCCACCAUGAAUCUGAAAGAUAUGAGAAUAUAAUGGAUCUUACUUUGGAGAUUCAUGGUUGGGUGGAGUCCUUACAAGAUGCUUUGACGCAAUUCACUUCUCCUGAAGAUUUAGAUGGGGAGAAUAUGUAUAAAUGUGGAAGGUGUUGUGCUUAUGUCAAAGCAAGAAAACAACUAAGUGUACAUGAGGUGCCAAACAUAUUAACGGUAGUUUUGAAAAGAUUCCAGACAGGAAAGUAUGGCAAGAUUAAUAAAUGUGUCACUUUUCCCGAUAUGUUGGACAUGGUUCCUUUUGUGACUGGCUCUGGCGAUCACCCUCCUCUUUACUUCUUAUACGCUGUGGUCGUACAUGUGGAUACAGAAAAUGCAUCAUUCUCCGGUCAUUAUAUAUCAUAUGUCAAAGAUAUGCAGGGAACAUGGUUGAGAAUAGAUGACUCGGAGGUCAAGGCUGUAUCACUGAAUCAAGUUAUGUCAGAAGGUGCAUAUAUGCUAUUCUACUUGAGAUCUUUUCCUCGCCCACCAAGGAUAUACGUUGAGAAAGGCCUAUUGCCUGUUCCAUCAUCCUCAAAACGCCACUCGUCAAAAUCCUCCAAGGGGUCUAAACAGGAGCAGAAGCAGACAGAAUCACUCCUUGCUUCUGAUGAUCAAAUCCGUGGUAUUUAUGAUUUUAGACCAGACGAGGAAGGCUACAGGCAAGAUCAGCAUGCGGAGUUAAGGUCCAGAAAUUUAUUUCACAUGGAUGAUGCUUUUACAGAUUCUGUCAGCACAGACUUCUCGGACGCUACAUCAAGUGAAUGGUCGCUGUUUACCAGCUCUGACGAAUCUUCAUUUACCACUGAAAGCACUAGAGAUUCAUUCAGUGUCGUGGAUUACGGUGACAAUGCUGGCCUUGACCCAAUCACCUCAAUAUUUGGGCCAUAUUACGCACCUGACCAAUCUUCUGGGAAUUUUGCCUCAUGCACAAGGUUCUCGCCAUCCAAUCCACAAACAAGGUACUUUUCGGAAAGCACGGGCUUCGUCUCAGAUUCUUCCUUGCCAACUCACCCCCACGGCAAUGUACAUAGAGGAAGAUAUCCAGACAGAGCUUGCGCGACUUCAGCCGAACCACUUGCUUCAGCAAACCAGCGAAGCGUGUAUGGUAGGUAUGGCCAUAGUAGAGAUGGUUUUGUUCAAACAUCUGGGUUUUGUCACAUGUAAUGGUCUACAUCUAGUAGUUUUAGCUGGAGCUCGGUGGCUGUGGUUAGCAGCUGCUCUUAAUAUCGCCUCAUGUUCUUUUUAUUUCAAAUGAGGCAUAUUUAAUUUUAGCUGCAUAUUCUAGAGGUAGAUGACCCAGUGUAGCGAAGUGAUUAGACUCAUGUCUAGAUGCUUAGCGUUUCGGAUGACUUAUUAGAACUCAGGGACAGGCCCUGUGCCGUGUAGGCAUUGUUCAAUCCAAAGAUGGUUAAGCAUUUAUUUAUUGUGUGUAA